UUUCACUUUUGAAAACUAAACAAGCAGUUGGCUGAGCCGAGUCCGAGAACGAGUAGAGUAUCCACCCGCGCCGCCUGGGUUCCGGCAACAACUUCGACGUCUCCUCGCCUCCGGCCGCUCUCGCCAGCCUCGUAUCCGACCUCAGGUCAGGCACGCCGUGUGCGCCCCUCCCCUAGCUGCGACGAGCAUCACCAGGACAGCAGGAAGGAUGACGGGCUCAAUGGAUCUCCCGGCCAAGGGCGGGUUCAGCUUCGACCUGUGCCGCCGCAACAACAUGCUGGAGAAGAACGGGCUCAAGCUCCCCGGAUUCAGGAAGACCGGGACAACCAUCGUCGGCCUCGUCUUUCAGGAUGGAGUUGUUCUUGGGGCAGACACAAGGGCAACUGAGGGGCCUAUAGUUGCUGAUAAGAAUUGUGAGAAGAUCCACUUUAUGGCACCAAACAUCUAUUGCUGUGGAGCAGGAACUGCUGCUGACACUGAGGCUGUUACAGACAUGGUCAGCUCGCAGCUACAGCUGCACCGUUAUGCAACAGGCCGCGAAUCUAGAGUCGUAACUGCUCUUACACUGCUGAAGUCACACCUCUUUAGGUAUCAAGGCCAUGUCAGUGCUGCCCUUGUUCUUGGUGGAGUGGAUUGUACUGGACCACAUCUUCAUACUGUUUAUCCACAUGGCUCCACUGAUACUCUUCCUUUUGCCACGAUGGGUUCUGGAUCCCUUGCUGCGAUGUCAGUGUUUGAAUCGAAGUACAAAGAAGGCCUCACUAGGGAAGAGGGAAUACAACUGGUGUCGGACGCAAUAUGUGCAGGUAUCUUCAAUGACUUGGGUAGUGGAAGCAAUGUGGAUGUCUGUGUGAUAACCAAGGGGAAGACAGAAUACUUGAGAAACCACCAGUUGCCGAAUCCCAGAACAUAUGCUAGUUCAAAGGGAUAUAGCUUCUCCAAGGGGCAGACUGAGGUACUGUCAACAAAGAUCACACCUCUUAAGCAGAAGGUUGAGGUCACUGAGGGUGGUGAUGCUAUGGAGGAGUGAUCCUGUAUUGCAUUCAGGCAAACACUCAUAUUCUUUUUAUAUUAUUACUUAGUGGAGCAGCUAGAACAAGACAAGAACGGAGAUCUUUGUUGUACUUUCUCGAUUGAAUCCAGACUUUCAUGCCAAAGGUGUUUCCAAUUAAGUGCUUGUUUCUGAAUGUUUGAAACAUCGUUGGUAUGGUAUUUUCCUUAGAUAUGUUAUUACUACUGCUGCAUCGAUUACUCGGUGCAUGAGGGAAGGGGGUAGCCUUUCAGGUAA